AUGCCGCGCUUAGUGCGUCCUGGCGCGGACGAUUGCUUGGAAAAUGUGCGGUGUCUGUCGCGUUUCCAUCACGCCCCGCUGCUGUGGGUCGGUGCUGAGCAGGAGUGGCAUCUCGGCGACAAAAUCUGGAUGAAAGAGCGUCCUUUAGAGCUCAGGCAUGCAUCGAGAAGUGAGAUCAUUGGCGUUAUAAAUAUCCCCGUGCCAGCAGAACCACUCCAGCUACUGCAGCCGGGGUAAUGCCUAGGAGCGCUGCAUGCAUGCGUGCGCACGAUUUCUGGUGCUCAGAUCUCAGGAGCGAGACCAAAAUGCUAGAAGUGGCCUCGCGGGUGUCUCCUUUUUGAAAGAAUGAAUGUUCCUCUUUACCUUCUGACCUUCGCUCACUUGAUUUGCACCGCUGCGGGAGCUCAGCACGUCUCUUUGGAGCGCCAACUUCUGGAGGAGGGGAUCCGGUCGGGACGCAGGACUUGCAGACUCUACUGUAGGGUUGGCAUCGGCUUCCAUCUCCAGAUUCAUCCCGACGGUAGAGUCAACGGCAGCCAUGAGCCCAACCAGCUGAGUGUCCUGGAGCUCUUUGCGGUUUCUCAGGGGGUCAUCGGUAUCAAAGGGGUCUACAGUAACAGAUUCCUGGCCAUGAAUAAAAGAGGACGGCUGCACGCAACUGAACGGUUCACGGAUGACUGUAAGUUCAGGGAACGUUUCCAGGAGAACAGCUACAACACUUAUGCCUCAGUAAUCCACAGGAACCACAGGACAGGUCGCGAGUGGUUUGUGGCCCUUAAUAAGAGGGGGAAAGCUAAAAUGGGCUCCAGCCCCCGGGUCAAAUCCCAACAUGUCUCUACCCACUUCUUGCCCAGGGUCAGCCAGCACGAUAAGGGCGAGCAAGGCUUCACCAUCACAGACAGUCGCAAAGAGAGGAGGAAAACCCCACUCCCACCACCUCCAAAGCCACCCGCGGCAAAGGCAAACAUCCAAGCGGGAACCACACCGAGGCAUACGCAAGUCAAGUACUGGCCCAAGUACAGGUUUGGAUAGGUUUAUAGAAAUUGGACAAAUGGACGUACCCCAUAAACUGACAAUGGUUAUUUAUCACAUUCAAAGCAUUCCAGGUAUCUACGAACUGUGUGAAAAACCUCA